AUGAAACUGGCGACCCCAAAAGACGGGACAACAGGGACACCAUCGAUACCAGAUGAACCUGACACAAUCUUAGGCAAACGCCUUCUGGAGCUCAUUCAACGCAUGUUUGAAGAAGCGUACAUCCCAGAUGUACGGAGGGCUGUCGAGGUCGUACCGAUCCUCAAAAAGGACUCCCACACACACACAGACAUGAACAUCUACCGGACUAUGCGCCUCAUCCCGUCAAUCAUGAAGCUACUUCGCGCCAUGCUCACGAACCGUAUCCACAGCGGCCUCCAGGAACGCAAGUUCUUCGCCCCAGAACAGGCUGGAUUCCGGAGCCACGAGGAGUGCAUGAACCAUGCCCUGACCCUCAUUGAAGUGGUGCAACGUCGCUUCAUUAGCGACCAACAACCAACUUACGUAUGCUUCGUCGACUUCCAAAAGGCCUUUGACACGUUCCCGCAUGAGGCUCCAUUUAUGAAGAUGGAACGAGCCGGAGUCUCCGCAAAGUGCUUAGCGUUCUUCCGUGCGCUCUAUGCAGACUCGUGGAUGCGCAUCCGACUAGGCGACGGCUCAAGAACCCCUUCGAUAAGAAUCCGCCGUGGACUGCGACAGGGCGAUCCUGCAUCCCCGCUCCUUUUCAACAUCUUCAUCAACGAUCUGCUUAACAACUACAGACAAUACGGGCUUGAGGUGCCGUGGAUAGACUGUGGAGAUGCCCGAUGGGGAGCGCCCAUAUGGGAACCGCCUCGCAGGCCUUCUAUUUGCGGACGAUGUCGUGCUGUUGGCACCCGCCCCGGAAACGCUUGCGGCUAG